GUAGUAUUGAGGCUGAGCCGCUGUGGCUUUCAACACGCGACGCGCUCUGCACUUCCGUCAAGCUCGUACUUCUUUAUUGAAACAAUUUCAUUCUCAUUUCUUCCUGAAUCUCUCACCUUUGCAUGAUCCCCAGGCUCCCAGACUAUAAAGCAGACAUAGGCAUCUUGCAACACAUCAGCUGAAAGGGCAACUCUCAGAAAGCGACGAUUGGCCCCCAACAAAAUGGCGGAAAGUGGUCCGAUUUCAAGUCCACAUCUAGGAAAGCUAUGUCCGACGUGCCGGAACCUCUUCGAUACCUGGGAUGAGAUUGUGGAGGAACUAGAGUCGUAUUUCCAAUUCGGCAGAGGGGGUAAAGGCUCUUACGGGCUCGCUUUCCACCGGGACGCCAUCGCGUGGAGGAUCGAGGUAGAAAACGGCUGUAUUUUUUGUAUUCGCUUGUUCGACAGUUUAAAGGAAGAAGCGCGUUGUAAGGUGCUUGAGAGUCGGACAAAGGGAGAACUUCAAGUGCGUCUGUGUCUUUGGGCUCUUGCAUGGGCGAGAAAAGAAGAGAGGGCGAAGAGGGAUUAUCAGCUCUGGGUCACGAUUAAGCGAGCUGGUGAUGAAACUAGAGCAUCGCCGCAACUGGAUGGAGGGGUCACGUUGGUUCCAAGACCAGCAGAUGCCAUAGAGUCCGAGCCGGAGCUGAAGCUUGCACCAUCGACUUCAUCAGAUGAGUCCCUGGCAUUCAUUAAGAAUUGGAUCCAAUCAUGCAGGACUGACCAUCCGCAAUGCCAUACGGCCCCCCAUUUCUUCAGAUUACCAACGCGGCUUAUUGAAAUCAGCACCCAGGGUCUUCGGCUAUGGACCCCAAACGACGUAUUCGGGAUGCUUGACUACGUCACUUUAAGUCAUUGCUGGGGCGCCAUGGAGACGUUGAAACUCACGAAGAAUAACAUACAGACUCUGAGCAGCAAAAUUCCCGUGCAUAGUCUUUGCGGCACUUUUCUGGAUGCGGUCCUCGUCACUAUCAAGCUAGGGUACAGAUAUGUGUGGAUAGAUUCCAUGUGCAUCAUCCAAGAUGACGAGGAUGACUGGCGCCGAGAAUCUGGUCUGAUGGCGGACGUGUAUGGCAAUGCUGUUGUGAAUCUCGCAGCUACUGCCUCGAAAGACGGAUUGGGGGGACUCUUUCGCGAGAGAGUUGUAUCACGUAUUUCGAAACAAUACGUGCAGACGAAAUCCCAGCAGAUUUUCGAGAUUCCGGAUGAGAGGUUGUACUUUCGAUGCUUGGACCAAAGUCCCCUCUCGCAGCGUGCUUGGGUGUUCCAAGAACGAUUUCUAGCACGCCGGACUAUACAUUUCACUGCCGAGCAGAUAUUCUGCGAGUGCCGUCGCCAUAUUGCCUGUGAGGGCGCACCCGGAGGGGCAGCUGUCCGGCCUGCUGAUCCUGAUGAUAUUCCAUUCCCCAGUGAAAGGAAGCUGGGUGACCCGGAGGAAUGGCGUGAAAUAAUCCAGCUGUAUUCACGAGCUAAACUCACAUACUCGAAAGACAAGUUGAUUGCCUUGUCGGGAGUGGCGCGCCAAUUCCAGUCCGUAACUGGUGACCAAUACGUCGCCGGCCUUUGGAAGACUGAUCUUGAGAUAUACCUUUGUUGGAGAGUCGAAAGCUCUGAGAGUCUACAACCGAUACCAGAUCCUGAGACCAGCGUAUAUCAAGCUCCGUCGUGGUCUUGGGCAUCAUCGAACCAAGCCAUUAAUUGGUAUCUAUACAUGACGCCACUGAAGAACACGUUCAGCAAUGACGCUCUCUGCAGAUUGGUCAACUUCCUGGACAUACACCUAGAGCCCGUUGGACCAGAUCCCUUGGGACAACUACAAGCUGCGCAUCUGGACAUCGAGACCGGCCCACUGAUCCGAGGAAACGUGAUAGCGUCUUUGUUGAAUGAUUUCGAUCAGCCGUUUGAUAACUCGUAUCAGACAGAGUUAGAUGGCAAGACGUUUUUACUGCGGGGCGAGGGACAGGUCAGUCCUGAUCACAAGAUUGAGUAUGAGAGUGUAGCAGAUAGCGUCUACUUUCUUCCUCUCUCAGUCGAUAACUCUGGGGAUGAGGUCAUGCAUUAUAAAACUGGCGUGACCAUGUAUGGAUUGGUGGUCACCAAGGCGGAUUGUGAUUUUCCAGGCGUUUUCAAGCGGUUUGGUGCUUGGGAGAUUAUCUUCAACGUUGAGAGCUACUCGGAGUUGAUGGGAUUAUUCUUGAUGCGGCCGCAAUCCUUGAUGGAUGAGUCUUUAUAUCAGGAAAAGUUCGAGAAGGAAGAAGGUGGCAUUCCCAGAUACGUCAUCACUCUUGUUUGAGUGAGAAGUAUAUAUAGUCGAAGAAUGGGUAGAAAGCCCUGGGGUAGGAAUCGAGGUUGAGGGGGUGUGGUUGAUACUUCGGCAGUGCCUGCCAAUUUUAUUACAAUUUGAGAUAGUAGGAUAAAGAAUUAAUGAGGACUAAGAAAAGCUGCAGCAGGCGAGCUAU